GACCUCUCUUAUGGCAGCUUCUUCCCUACCAAUGGAAAAAGAUUGGAAGACUUCCACUACUGUGACUAGAAACCAUUUCUAUAACCCCGGUCUGACGAAUCGCACAUAUGUCCUCGCUGGAGUGGCAUUCUCGGCUAUCAUCAGCUGCUGUUGCAUCGUUGGAGGCACUGUUAUUAUUUCUACUCGCGGACUUUCGGGUAUGGUUCAUCUGCUGUCGGAGGAUGACAGCAAUCUGCAGUUACAGAUGCUGUGCCUGACACUAAAUUUCAUCGUCACUGUAUGCACGGAGUCUAUAGGCUUAAUGCACGGUAUCUCGUUGCGCUCUGCACUAGCCUCAGAGUCCCGGCUUAUUUUCAGCACGAAUCUGCGCCUUAUAACCGCAGCUCGCAGAUGGCUCAGCCCAAACGGUGCUCUUCUUAAUGGUCUCAUGACCGUCCUCCUCAUCAUAUCCUACACCUCAGUCUCACUCGCCUGGGAUAUAUCACGGAUUUACUUCAAUGACAGUAAAAUGAUAUAUCAUAUUGACACUAUGGCCUGCCUCGUUCUGGGAAUCGCACUUCUUCUGCAGGUGGCGAUCGCAUUUGCAGGGAUGCGAUCCAUCGAAAUAUUGACGUGGAGCUCCUCACCUUUUGACCUCAUCACUGCUCUAGUACACCACGCACAGUUGACUCCAGUGUCUUCCCGGUGCAUGCGUGGCGUGGUCGACCUGGAUAUAGUUGAAGGUCCAGCAAAACCAUUAGAGGUACAGCCAUCAGCGUGGAAUGCUCACCGUAGCAUCCAAAAAGUUGUAUUGUCUCUUUGGGUGCUCGUCGUGGCAUGUGCUGGAUGGGCUGUGUUUGUCAGGUGCAAACAGAACACCCCCACUCCGUCCAAAUCGUGGUCAUUCACUGACUGGAAAGUUGGUUAUUCCUUCAUCUACACUAUCAUGCCCUCGGGGGGUGUCAGUGUUCAGACGUGGAUCGUGGCCAUUGUCAUCCAGGCGGUUAUCCAGGGACCAUUGACACUUGGGCUGCAUUGCUCGGACCUCAUUGUGAACAUCAUUCAAAAUGAAAUGCAGUGGAGAUGUGCUGCAACAAGGAAUGGGCUUCACAUGAUGAACCCGCUGAAGGCAUUUCUCAUGAAUCGCCUCGGUCUUGUCCUUUUUGUCCUGAAGUUUAUGCUAUACUGGAUGUUUGGGCUGUCAUUCUUCUUCCUGUUUUCCUCCUCAAAGGUCACAAUUGGGGAUCUCCGUGUAAUCAUGUAUGUAAACCAGUCGCUACAACAUCCUCACACACUCGUGCAGAUCUCCAACUUAUGUAUAGCACUGUUGAUAUUUGCAUGUGUCUUCACUUCCGCCUCACUGCGCCAACCACACGGCCCCCAGCCAGCCACAUACGGGCACCUCCAGACGCUCGCCAACCUUGUGGAUGAGUGGUUGCCUAUGAUGUGGUGGGGUCAUAAGGAGGAUGGGACCCCGUAUUGUCAUGCUGGGACGAGCAAUCAUCCACUGCUGGGUGUGAAGAUGGACUGUGUUUAUGCUGGUUCUGAUGUCGUGUCCCAUCCAGCCAUCCCAGGAGAAG